AUGAUUCCUCUGUUUGUCUCUGCAGACCUGCCCCAAGUUACAGGCAGGCCUACAACUUUAACCCAAAUAUCUGCCUUGGAAGUUUACACUGCGCGGUUCUGCCGUCCGUUGGCUGGUCCACUUGACAGAAUGAGACUCUAUUAAAGCAGAGAUAUGCAGUGUCAGGUCUGUUGGAGGGAAAGUCACGUCGCUUUCGGGAUGCCUCUCCACAGCAUUUGGCCCUUGUGUAGCAUGUUUUGUUAGGAUUGAGAGACAGUUGGCAGCAUGGGCAACGAGGACAGCCUGGAGGAUGUGUUUGUAGCUGUCAUACGCCCAAAGAGCCAAGUCAGCCUGAGCUCGAAGGAGUACAGAGCCAAAGCCUAUGAGAUCUUGCUGAUUGAAGUGCCUCUGGAGGGAAAGGAAAAGAAAAGAAAGAAAGUCCUUCUGGCCACAAAGAUCCAAACAGGAGGAGAUAAAUCCAAAUCCAUAUUGGAUUAUGUUGAUGAAAAAAUCAGACCUAUAUCCAAUAACCAAGGUUUCAUAGGAAAGCGUGUGGUGCAUAUGAAGAAAUUCCCCCUUGAUGGAGACAAUGAAGGGAAAGAGGUGUCACUUUUUGUCGUGCCAGUCAGUGUUAAAGACAACAGUAAGCCUGUCUACACCCCCGGCAGCCCGAGCUUCUACUGUUUUCAGGACAUCAUGCGGGUGUGUAGUGAAACCAGUGCUCACUUCUGCUCCAUCACCUCCAAGAUGCUCCUGGCCUUAGACAAAUGGUUAGCGGAGCAGCACACAGUUCCACACGCCAUCCCUGCUCUGUUCAGACCAGCACCUGUAGAGCGUGUUAAGACAAAUGUAAGUAACCCAGCCUACGGCAGCGAGGGCAAACUGAGUGACGAGGGUUUGCACAUGGGCUACACGGCUCUGGAGAUCAAAAGCAAGAUGAUGUCGCUUGAAAAGGCAGAUAUGUGUAUCCUCAAUCCGCUUUAUGGCUCUGAUCUGCAGUACACCAACCGAGUGGACAAAGUAAUCAUCAACCCAUACUUUGGGCUUGGAGCGCCUGACUACUCCAAGAUCCAGAUCCCAAAGAGAGAGAAGUGGCAACAUGGACCCAACUGUGUGACAGAAGACAAGGAGAGCCAGUGGGUUGACGACUUCCCCCUCCAUCGCAGUGCCUGUGAAGGAGAUGUGGAGCUGCUGUCUAAGCUUCUGGACAGCGGCUUCUCGGUCAAACAGCUGGACAGUGACCACUGGGCUCCUAUUCACUAUGCCUGCUGGCAUGGUAAAGUUGAGGCCACCAAACUGUUGCUGGAGAAAGGAAACUGUAACCCAAACCUGCUGAAUGGACAGCUCAGCUCCCCGCUGCACUUUGCAGCCAGAGGUGGACAUGCAGAGAUAGUGCAGCUUCUGCUGCAGCACUCUGAGAUUGACAGGCACAUAGAAGACCAGCAGAAAAGAUCCCCUCUGCAGGUGUGUGAGGAGAACAAACAGAAUGAAUGGGAGGAGACGGUGAAGCUUCUACAGCAAGCAAACACCAAACCUUAUGAGAAGGUGCGUAUCUACCGCAUGGAUGGCUCCUAUCGCUCUGUAGAGUUGAAGCACGGCAACAACACCACUGUGCAGCAGAUCAUGGAAGGCAUGCGUCUUUCACAGGAGACCCAGCAGUACUUUACCAUCUGGAUCUGCUCUGAGAACCUCCACCUGCAGCUGAAGCCGUACCACAAGCCCCUGCAGCACUUGCGUAUCUGGACAGAGAUCGUUACGGACCUGACCGUGUUGGAUCCUCAGAGGGAAUCACCUCAGCUCUUCCUCCGCAGGGAUGUUAGACUGCCCCUUGAAGUUGAGAAAAAGGCGGAGGAUCCCCUGGCCAUCUUAAUCCUGUUUGAUGAGGCCCGUCACUGCCUCCUUAAAGGAUUCUUUCCUGCUCCAGACAGCAAACUGAUCACACUGGCCAGCCUCCUGCUACAGAUUAUCUACGGCAACUAUGAGAGCAAAAAGCACAAACAGGGAUUCCUCAAUGAGGAAAACCUUAAAUCAAUCGUGCCGAUAUCCAAGGUGAAAAGCAAGGCAUACCACUGGACCAACAGGAUCCUGCAUGAAUACAAAGCUCUGAGCACCAGCGAGGGUGUGAGCAAGGAAAUGCACCACCUGCAGCGACUCUUCCUGCAGAACUGCUGGGACAUCCCCACGUAUGGAGCAGCCUUCUUCACCGGUCAGGUCUACACUAAGGCCAGUGCCAGCAACCAUAAAGUCAUCCGUGUCUAUGUCGGGGUCAAUACAAAAGGGCUGCAUCUUAUGAAUAUGGAGACCAAGGCUCUUCUCAUCAGUUUAGAGUACAGCACGUUUAUGUGGCAGCUUGGACAUGCUGACCAGUACUUCCAGAUACACAGUGGUGACAAUAAAAUGAACUUCAUUGUGCACACAAAGCAGGCUGGCCUUAUUGUUAAGCUUUUGAUGAAGCUAAGCGGACAGAUGACUCCAAGCGAUAAAGGUGUAAUGGACAAAUAUGCCUACGGCUGAAAAACUGUUCAGUGAAACCCACACCUGCCAAAGAUUCAAGUGCAGAUUCUUCUCACUGAUUCUCAUUUGACUGCAAUAACUCUGGAUGAAGAGGAAAAGAUGGCCUCACACCAAACACCUCAAUUUUAUAUUAGUCUUACUGAAACCUUUCACAGUUUAACAUUGUGUAUUUGAAGUCAUAUUUUGAGUGGAUGUAAAUAUUGUUUAUUUAAUGUUUUGUUUUAAUAAACUGAUGCAUACAUGA